GCCGCUUUCAAAAACAACGGGAGCACGUAGGGCGCUUUCUCCAGCGGUUCUGGGGAAAGACGAGCGGGAGCGCAGGAAGCUGCGCGGCUAAACCUGACCGUCGGUAAGCAGAAGGCAAAGCCUUCCAGGCGCGUCCCUGGAAAUCCUCCUCGCCCGUGCGCCGCUUCUCUUUUGCGCGCGCCUUCUUUUCACUCCUUUCGGAAGUUUCCGGCGGCGCCGGGAGGAUGCUGGAGAGCGGCUGCAAGCCGGUGAAGGAGGGCGUGCUGGAGAAGCGCAGCGAUGGCUUGCUGCAGCUGUGGAAGAAGAAGCGCUGCGUCCUCACCGAGGAAGGGCUUCUGCUUAUCCCGCCCAAGCAGGAGCCGGCGGCGACUUCUCCCGCCAGCGGAGAGACGGUGGUGGCCUCCGCCAAGAUCAAGCAGUUGCCCUUCUCCACCAUGAAGACGGUGGACUGCGUGGAACGGAAGGGCAAGUACAUGUACUUCACGGUGGUGAUGGCCGAAGGGAAGGAGAUCGACUUUCGGUGCCCGCAGGAGCAAGGCUGGAACGCCGAGAUCACGCUGCAACUGGUGCAGUACAAGAACCGGCAGGCCAUCCUGGCGGUCAGGUCGACCCGGCAGAAGCAGCAGCACCUCGUCCAGCAGCACGGGCCCCGCCUUCGGAGCGCCUCCAACUCCGCCUAGACGGGCGCCCCCGACAGAUUGAAUUCAAGAGGCCCUUCUGGAAGUAAGAGAAACGGUGAUCAAAGCUUGGCAAAGAAAAGGACAAGUGCAAGGGACAGCAUCAGUUCAGCCCCUGGAUUUUGUCCAGUUUUGACACCAUCUGUGAUUGCUUUAGGGAAGUACUUCAGCUGUUCUAAGUUUGGGCUGCUGCUUAAACUUAUGAAAGGCAUAUUUGACCUCAAAGGACAUACGUCGCACUGUCAUUUUUUUUAUUCCAAUCUGUUUUAUUUGUAUGUUUAUUUAUCAGUGGGGGAGGUUACGUUUUCAAGUUACUUCUGAAUGUAGAUUUUCUGAGAGACAAUGAAGUGCAGAACAUACUUGCUUUGGUGAAUUAUAUAUGCUGCUGUAGAGGGAGAAAGAAAUGGAAGAAAGAGGAAAAUGGGAAAAUGAAGUAGUUUACCAGGAUACAAACUUUUCAUAUUGCUUUCACAUACUGCUUUACAACAGUUUUCAUCUCAAAGAGUGAAAGGCUGUUAUGAAAUGAAUGUAUGAAAUCUAUCUUGCUUUGUUGAAGUAUUGCACCAAUAUCCUAAUUAAUGAGAACACUAUCUCCAAAGAAAGCAGUGGCUUUGAAUUAAAAUUCUGGAUUGUU